AUGGUGGAUAGCUCAUUCUCGGAGACAUCAUUCCAAGUUGCUGCAUCUGGCAGCUUGUUCGGAGUAUCAGUAGGUGUCAAGGCUGGCGGUGCCAAAGCCAGUAGCGAUAAUUCGUUAGCCCUCGAAGCAAGAGAUGAAAGUUCCCUUGUAGUCAACUACAACUAUCCCCGCGUGACCCUGUACUGGGAUGCUAAAUCACUUGAAGUCUCUGAAGAGUGCCUGGAAGACAUCAAGAAGGUGAAAGACCACAAGACAUUGAGCAGCUUCAACGAGAAAUAUGGACAUAUCUUCUCAAAGCGCGUCCGGAUUGGAGGUCGCCUUUCUUCAUCUGAAAAAGUAACUUCGACUCAAGACGCCAGCACUCAGAGUCAAAUCAGAAAGCUUAAGGCCAAUGCGUCGGCCUCAGUCAGCUCCUCAUUCUUUCAGGCUUCUGCGAGCUACAGCAAUGAGAAACAGAGCAAUGAGAGUAAAAGUUCUGAUUCCAAAAGCCUCAACAAGUCCAUGGCGUGGGAAGCCACUGGAGGGGACACUCUACUUUGCAAUAGGUAUGUACUCAUCCUGAAGAACUCUAUGGAGCUGUGA